GGAGUGCAAGACUUGCAGAUAUAAGUUAAUCUCAGACUAUUCAAGAUUAAUAGCUAUCAGAAUUAUCAAAAAAAUAUAGGUAUCAUGGAGAAUCCGGAACCUAAUUCCAUCCCAUCUGCUCAUAAUAACGAAAAAAAUCCUAAUUGCAUGCUAUGGCCUUGCGAAGACGUAGAUUUCAAAUGCCAAAUUUCGAAUUCCGAGAAGAUCAUUCGCGACAUAGAUCGGAAACAGACUGAACUCUUCAAGGCCUUAGAAAAAGAAAAGAUCUAUGAACUAGGCUUUACCUUCACCAGAUUGGUGUCUGCAUUAGCAUCGGGCAGGUCCAAUCUAUCUUAUGAACAGAGGUGUUGCGCUCAUCCUCUGAAACAAGUUUUAGAAAAAAUAAGUUUCAAGAACAAGAUAUACCAGGGAAGGGCUAUUAAAUCGUUCUUACCAGAAGACGAAGACGAAGAAGAAGCACAAGUUAAUUUUAAAAAUUUAGAUUUUAAGAUGCAACAUGGAAAUGGAAACAAGAAUAUGGUUGCGAAGAAACGGUUUCUACAGGAGAUCAAACGUAAAAACAGUAGCAAUUCUAAUGAUUUUCUUGAAUCGAUUAAUAAGGAGAUUUCAUUAUGGCGCUACGGUUAUGACAACAUAGAUGCAAAAACUCGCAGUCAAAAGAUGAAAGAGUUGGAGUUCAAGAGGGAUAUAGCAAUAACUAAUGCUACUGUAAAAGGACAGAGUUGGUGGAAAUUUUUAGGAUCAAAAGAAGAAAUUCAAGACAAAAUCAAUAUGAAUGAAAAGCAUGUAGAGAAGUUGAUAAACAGGCGUUUGCAUAGUAGAUCUUACAAGUUUUGGAUUAAAAAACUGAAGACCAUAGAAAGACAAGUUGAUUCUAUAGAAUCGCAGAUGGAACAAGCAAAGCGUCGAAAAGAAAAAGCUUACAAGCACAUUUGCUUACUUAUAAAACAGCAUGAAGAGAAGGACUGCUGUUGUUUCGAACAUCUUGCAACCUUGAACAAUGCCAGAGAAAUCAUCCAGAAGAAAGAUGUAACCGCGACUCCGGACCGUCCGGCGGUUGAGUACAGUGCAGAAAACACUAUUUAAAUGAUGGAAAACAGAAAUGGAAUCAAUUCUACAAGAAUUAUAGUACCGCAUGAUUUACUCAUUCUGUUGCAUUUAGGGUUUUUCUCUAAAGUUCCAAUGAGAAACUGGCCAAAAAGAGACUGUAAUUUGGUCCAAUGGACAACACUAUAGUAAACUUACUUUACCAUAUACGCAAGGAAGGAGCCAAGUGGGGGCUAGCAGGGGAAUUAGCCCCCUCAAAAUUUUAUAUUUAGCUUUUUUCAUCCUCAUGAAACUUUUUCCUUUAGCUUUUUUGACCCUUCAUUUUUUUAACUUUUAUG